GACCCACAAUCUCAGAGACAUGAUUGUUGAACUCUGCUGAUAUCUUUUUCAUGGAUUCUCUUCUCUCUAUACUUCCAGGCAAAGCCAACGAUUCGAAGCCAAAAAUCAACCAAAAGACCAACCAAGCAACCAAAAUUGGCACGGCUGAAGCCCAAAGCUUUGGUUUCAGACACAACCGGGUUUUUGGUACCGCUAGGAACACAAACAUUAUCCCAGGAAAACCCGUGUGGGACAAGUCAAUUACCAAAACAAAAAUUGAUGUUUCACAGAGAAAACCCAAAUCCAUUAGCACAACUCAACUUCCCAUUGACACACAUAAUAAAAAAUCCACAGAAAAUGCCAAUCUCGGAUUGAACAAGAAAAGUCACACAUUCCCACAACAAUUUGCUGAAAAAACAUCAAAGAACAGUUCCCAAGAGAAGGGUUCUGCUUCAGAGCCAAAAACUCCAGUAGCAUCAUCGUCCCAUGUUAGAACCAAGUCAACCACACCAUUCUACUCUGCACUGAAUUGUAGCAAAUGCCGUUUUGAUAGGCUUGAGACAUCUUCUUAUUGGGUUGGCCAAAUCAAAAUGGCUGAGUCCGUGGGCAAGCAUUUUGUAGCCUCUGAAUUCUUUAGGCUUGCUUUGGAAUCUCAGGCUGAGCCAAUUAGGAACCUCCGGAUGGAGCUUAAAAGGUAUUUGUUAAGGCAUGGAUACCUAUCGGAGCAGAAGGAAUGGAGGGAAGUUGCUGCUAGGUAUGGGCUACUGAAGGUUGAAAGCAACAAACACUAGUGGAAUGGAAUCAACCACUGAUCAAUCUAAAAAUGUAAGUGAUGAUGUAACAGGAAAGUUACAAUACAUUAGUGAAAUGGACUUGAUCCUCCAGUGUCUUUGCUUCAGUUAGCUCUAGUUUGUAGAUUGUGACAGGUAGAUAGAUCAUUUUGCUACAUUAUAGGUAGUUUGUAUUUGGUACUUAAAUUUUUAUUUUAUCUAGUUCCUUUCUCUUUAUACACAA